AUGGUGGGCGUUCCAGGACGUUCGAAAGGCUGUGUGACAUGCCGGAAGAGAAAGAAGGGUUGCGAUUUGGCCCAGCCCGAGUGUGGUCAAUGCAAGGAACGCGGCAUCACAUGCGGAGGCUACGAUUCGGAUCGCAUAUUCAUCUACCAAACUGGAGGCGGGUCUCCCCGUUCUAUACCAAAAGUAGGACGGCAUGCGACCGCCUCAAAAUCUCCCGAGCAGCCACAUCGGCACACCAUGCAGAUUGUGCAUGUAAAGCCUGCGUCUGAUCCAGGGACACAGAAACUCCGUCCUGUUCCAGUACCAAUCAUGUUGCCAGAUGGGCUUGCCAGAUCUGCUUACAGCGAAAAGACGAUUGCGACUUUCCUAAGUAUGUACAACCCAGAGGGAAUAAUUCGCACCACCAACACGGACGCAAAAGAGUUUGUGAGCUUGUUGCCCAUGCUCAGUACGCGCGAUGAAGCACUACAGAUGGCCGCUUUGGCAGUCGGUAUAACACAGCUUGGGAUAACUUCGAACAACGAAAGUCUUACACGACAGGGAAGAACGUUGUACGGUAAAGCACUGAAGGAAACGGCUGUAGCUCUACAGAACCCUGUUCGAGCGAGUAGCGAGUCACUCCUUGUUGUACCGCGAGUCAUGGCCCUAUUCGACAUGUUGUUUGGUGCGGAACCAAACACGACCAGCCAGGCGAAGAGCUGGCUCAAUCAUUGUGAGGGCGAGCUAGCUAUGAUAGUCAGUCGUGGGCCAGAACUAUUCGCGGAGAAUGACGAAGCACAUAUGUUGUUCACUAAUGCAAGGUAUCGACUACUGGGACCUGCUACCCGCGCCAGAAAACCAACGAUACUGAAUGAGGAAAGAUGGAAGACAAUACCCUGGAAGGGACGAAUCAAGUCAUCCGACGAUGUUCUCAUCGAUAUCCUCUGCGGCAUACCCGAGCUCUUGGAAGCUGUGGACAAGUUGCAGUUCCAAUGCAUGAGUGAACAAGAGAGAGAGGGGCUACAAGUGUACACGUUAGCAAGAUGCUGGACACUGCACUUCGAGCUGGAGGCUUGGGUUAACGACAAAGCGAACGCCAUAUACACACCUCAGAUUGUCAACAACUCAACCUCUAUUACCUUCCCCAACAUUGAUGUUGCCAGCAUCACAGUCCGUUAUUGGUUGACGGCUCUUUUCCUCUACUCUUGCCUCGACAUCGCAAGCGGUAUCGAUCCUUCCACCGACAACCUACUUUCGCAUCCCGAUCGCCCGCACCCCCGGCCUUUUGCAAGAAUGAUUAUGAAGUCAGUCGGAUACUUUCUUCAAGAGCAAUUCGGCAUAACAGGUGUCAUGGCUAUAUGGCCGCCUCUUGGCCAUGCACUGUUCUACCUGAACAGGAACAGGAAACCUGACGAGGAAUACAUUAUGAGCAUAAUGCGCAUUUGGCAUCAACCAAAGUUGCCGAGCACAAUGAGGGUAUUCUUGAAGAGCUUCAGGGAGACAGUCGAUAUGAAUACUCUGCUGGCGAGGCCUGUGAGAUUAUGA